CGAUAGCGCCGGCGGCGGGAUCCCUCACGAAGUUCACGUAUCGCACGAUGUCAAUCGGGCCAUUGGAAGGCUCUAAGACAUCGAUCAAGGUCUGAUCGCCAUCGGCUUCCUCUCCGAUCACCACCGCCGCCAUGAGAAAUGGCAACUCUUCGAUGAGAUUUACCAAACAAACCCUAGUUUUUUCUUAGUAUUCAAAUACAUUCCCAUCGUCCCUCUGAGCUCCAGGUUGAGGAUUGAAUCAGGGAGGAAAUGGAUUCUGGAAAAUCGAAAAAGAUGGUUUUUGUGACUGUAGGAACAACAUGCUUUGAUGCUCUUGUCAAGGCUGUUGAUUCGCCGCACGUUCGGCAUGAACUAUGGAGCAAGGGCUACACACAUCUUGUUAUUCAAAUGGGUCGUGGAUCGCAUUUCCCUUCCAAGUUUUCAGGGGAAGAUGGAUCUCUUGCUGUGGAUUACUUCACUUUCUCACCAAGCAUUGCAGACUACUUAAAAUCAGCAUCUCUUAUCAUUAGUCACGCAGGAUCAGGGAGCAUAUUUGAGACGCUUCGUUUAGGCAAACCGCUAAUAGUUGUCGUAAAUGAGGACUUGAUGGACAACCAUCAGAGGGAGCUAGCAGAGGAAUUGGCAGACAAGAAGCACCUCUUUUGUGCCAGCCCUCAAACGCUUCAUCAGAUCAUCAAUGGCAUGGACCUGGACUCACUGGUUCCAUACCCCCCGGGAGAUUCAGUUCCUGUUGCUAAGCUAAUCAAUAGGUUCUUCGGCUUCCCGGAUAAUUAACUGUUAUUUCUCCAAUCUUCUGCUCAUAUGGUAUGCCAAUUUUUUAAACCAAUCAGUGCUGCUGGUUCAGCAAAUGACUAUUGAUUCAAGAGUGCAAGCUUUGCAGAUUUAUUAUAAGCUUCUUUGAGAAAUUGAGAGUUCACUUUUAACAAAUUGCAGUGAGCGUUUGUAUGGCUACUGUUAGCAAACAUCAAUUCAAUUUUGUGACAUUAUUUGCUAUUA